AUGUCAAGUAAAACUAAUCAUAUUAUGGGUAUUGAUUUCGGUACACAUUAUGCAUGUGUCGGUGUUUUUAAAAAUGGUAGAGUUGAAAUCUGUCCAAAUCAACAAGGUAACAGAACCACCCCAUCCGUAGUUUCAUUUGUCGGUGAAGAUAAAUUAGUCGGUGAUGAAGCUAGAGCUCAAAUGGAUAGAAAUCCACAAAAUACAAUCUAUGAUGUAAAAAGAAUUUUAGGUAGAAAAACAAAUGAAGAAUCAUUCGAAAGCGAAAUUAAAAAAUUAUCAUUUAGAGUAACCACUUAUGAAGAUAAUUUUGAUAAAAUAUAUUUUAAUGUAAAUUAUAAAGAAAAGAAUAUUGAAGUCACUCCAAUCGAAAUUACAACCAAUAUUUUACAACAAAUUAGACAUACCGCCGAAACCUUUAUUGGUGGAGAUACUAUAAAGAAAGCCGUUAUUACCGUACCAACCGAUUAUACAGAAAAACAAAGAAAGGAUUUAAAGGACGCAGCACAAGCAGCAGGUAUUAAUGUUGUUAGAUUUAUUCACGAACACUCCGCAGUCGCACUUGCAUAUGGUUACGAUGAAAAAACAGCAGCUGAUGAUGCAGUCAAACACGAAAGCAACGUUAUGGUAUUCGAUUUAGGUGGCAGUGGUGUAUCAGUAUCGAUGGUCAAAAUCAAAUCUAAACUUUUUGAAAUCAUUGGCAAUGUUUCAGACCAUAAUGUCAGUGGUGAACAUUUCGAUCAAGUUUUAUUCCAACAUUUCACACAAGAGUUUAAUAGAAAAUAUAAAGUCGAUUUGAAAGAGAGCGCUCGUUCAAAAGCCAAAUUAAAAUCUGCCUGUGAAAAAGCUAAAAGAAACCUUUCAAACAUGAAUCAAGCAUCCGUCGAAAUCGAUUCUCUUUAUGAAGGUCUUGAUUUCUUCACCAACAUCACCAGAGCCAGAUUUGAAGAUUUAGCUGGUUCACUUUUCAAAUCUGCAAUUCGUGCAGUUUCAACACUUUUAGAAAAAUGUGACAUGAAAAAAGAACAAGUCGAUAAGGUAUUAUUAGUUGGUGGUGGUUCACGUAUCCCAGCUAUCCAAAGUCAACUCUCUGCAUUUUUCGAUCAAAGAGCAGAAAUCAUCGAUAAAUCUAUGAAUCAAGAAGAAGUCGUUGCUUAUGGUGCAACUUUACAAGCCAAUAUCCUUUCUCAAAUGGCACCAAACCAACCAACCAAUUCACUCUCUGACAAGAAGAUUUCAUCAGGCAAUACAAUGACAAUUGAAGCUACCAACAAAACUAUUGGUAUCGAAGAUUCAAAUGGUAACUUAAUUCCAGUCAUUCCAGCUUUAUCACUCAUUCCAUGUAAACGUACAUUCAAUAUCAAUAAUACUCAAGAUGCCCAAACCUCUUUAAAUAUGUCUGUUUAUCAAGGUGAUCAAUCAAUAGCAAAAGAUAAUCAAUUAAUUUCAAAUUUACAAUUUAAAUAUGGUUCUGAACCAUUAGAAAUUACUUUUGAAGUCGAUAAAUCAUCAAAUUUAUUAAUUAGCUCAAAACAAUCAAAUUUCAAAAUUCCUUUAAGAAAAUAA